CCCACCAUGACCACUGCCACCCCCUACACUCCCCCCGCCGAGCAAAACGACGCCGGCCUCGACGCCAAGCCCCAGGUCCUCAAGCCGUCCCCCACCCACUCUAUCGACUACAAGGACGCUGCAGAGUCUCCCGAGGUGCUUGAAAAGACGAGGCGCAAGUACUCGCUCGGCAUCUACCAUUGGACCCGCGAUAUGUGGGAGCACGCCCGUCAGGAUAUGGAGCGCCGCUCCUCUGUCUCGUCUUCCGAGUCUGACGUUCCCUCGCCUCGCAAACACCAGCGAGCCCACAACUCUGACGUCGGCAAACACGUCGGUGCCGCCCCCGCCUACCUCUGAGCACGCUCCGCAGAGCCCCAUUGUUUUAAUGACCCCACCUGUUUUUUGUAUCCCACACCACGAUCUGUAUCAAUAGGAUCCCUGUAGCAUAGUCAUUUAUAGAGGCUAGCAGCCGCCAGUUGAUCACUCAUGCACUCAUGAGUCAUA